AUGACCUUUCUCCCCAAGGUUCGGGGAGUAUUGCUCCCACGAGCCGUUGACGACUUGGCAUUGACUAGUGCCAGCGGCAUCUUCUGUGUGCAUCCAAUUUCCUCUGAUAUUUCCGAAGGUUGGCAGAGUAUCACUUUCAAGAGACUUGCUGGUGCUGUUAAUGGACUAGCAUGGUGGAUUGAAAAGAACAUUGGACAAAGCAAGAGCUUUGAAGCAUUCUUCCCAUCUCCACGGAAUACGAAAGAGGCAACAUGGGGCUUGCUUAAUGAUACGGCUUGCUCCAAGCUCAUUUUCAGCCCUGAGCGCAGAAAAGAAGCUACUGAUAUCGUGGCAGGGAGAGCUGGCAUGAAGAUGUGGGAAAUUCAACCCUUGUGGGAGCUGUUGCAUAGCGAAGCCACACGGUUUCCAUUUGAGAAGGAGUUUGAGGAUGCCGAGCACGACACAGCUAUGAUUAUCCAUAGCUCAGGCACAACAGGCACGCCAAAGCAAGUACCUCUAACCAACGGGUAUGUUUCGGUUCUCAACAAUAUUGCGAACCUACCCACUCCCCCGGGUAGAACCAAUAUAAUGCCUGGUUCAGUCGGAGGUGGAGGUUCAAUUCUCUCUAUGAGCCCAUUCUAUCAUAUGAUGGGACUGUACAUGUUCACUGAAUCGAUCUUCCACGCGACGCCAUUUAUUCAGUUCCCGGACAGACCGAUGACUACCGAUUUGUUCUGCCAAGUUGUCAAAGCCACUCGGCCAGUUAACGCAAUGCUUCCUCCAUCGAUCAUCGAGGAACUCAGCUCAUCUGAAGCAGGCCUCAAGUCGUUGCAGCAACUUCGAACUGUUAUCUUCAGUGGAGCCCCGCUAUCGUCAACUGUCGGGAGUAGACUAGCGAGCAAAAUCCAGCUUCGUUCUUUCCUUGGCUCUAGUGAGGCCGGUGUGAUCCCGGCCCUUGUACCAACCGAAGAUCGAGAAUGGGAGUAUUUUGAAUGGAACCCAGCCUAUGGUGCUCAGAUGAUACCGGUUGCGAUAGGGCUAUACGAACUCAUGAUCUGUCGGCCAGGAGAUGGCAACCGUGACCUCCAUGGAAUUUUUCACGUGUUCCCUGAUCGUUACAACUACAAUACCAACGAUGUCUUCAGCCCACACCCCACCAAGCCUGGCCUCUGGAGGUUCCAGGGACGCCUCGAUGAUGUUCUUGUGCUCAGUAAUGGCGAGAAGUUCAAUCCAACUUUGAUGGAGAAGACUAUCGAGGGCCACGAAUUUGUUUCGAGGGCGAUCGUUGUUGGCCACGGGAGAUUCCAAGCCGCGCUGCUUGUCGAACCACGAUGGGACCAGCUAGGAGAAACCCUGGAAAGUUCUAUUAUCGAUAAAAUAUGGCCAGUUGUGGAAAAGGCUAACCGUCUCGCUCCGGGCCAUGGGAAGAUAUUUCGGUCGAAAGUCGGCCUGGCUUCCAAAGCCAAACAAUUCAAGACGUCACCCAAGGGCUCAAUCUCACGUCGAAAAAUUAUCGCCGAUUAUGCCCAAGAGAUUGACGAGCUUUACGCGCGUCCAGAUAUGGAGAUCGUUGGAGCAUUGCCCAGCAAUGCUUCUCUCAUGGACUUCUCGGACUACAUUCGACAGGUUCUGUCUUCUCUUCUCCAUCGAGACGACAUUUCGGACACGGUCGAUCUCUCGUUACAAGGGCUGGAUUCCCUCCAGUCUCUUCGUCUCGUAAAGAUUUUGCAAGGCGCACUACGUUCACACAACCCAGCUAGCCAUUUCGAAGCGAUUACUAGUCAGCGGCUGUAUUCGUAUCACAAUGUUGUCGAGCUUUCGAACUUUAUGUAUUCAUUGGCAACCGGCAGCGACGUAGGCGCCGAAACUGGCCCAGUCCUUGACCAGGCACGGUCAAAUAAGUUCUCUGCCUCUGUCAAAAGGUUCACAGCGAGCUUUCCCGAAACCCUAUCUCAAAACAUGAAUGGAACCACGACUAAAGGCCCUUACGAAGGGCAAACAGUGCUUUUGACAGGCUCCACGGGCUGGUUAGGCACAUACCUACUGAGCGGGCUUCUAGGAGAUCCUGAAAUACACCAAAUUAUCUGCUUGAACAGGUCAGAAGACGCAUUGUUAAAACAACGCAAAAGUUUCGAAGAAAAAGGCCUCUACAUUACGCCGUCUGCCUGGUCAAAAGUCAGAUUUCUUCGGUUCCAGUUAGGCUAUGAGCAUCUCGGCCUUGCUACGGCAUUGUACGACGAGCUAAAGCAGUCGGUUGAUACUAUAUUCCACUGUGCAUGGAAUGUGAACUUCAACCGGAGUCUAGCAGACUUUGAAGAGGUUGAGAUCAAGGGACUUUCUCAGCUUCUUGCUCUUGGUAUAGAAUGUCGACAUCAAACCAAUUUCCAUUUUAUCUCAUCAAUAUCAACCGUUGGAAGAUGGGGCGCGAAGUAUGAUCUAGACGUCGCGGUACCGGAAACUAUUGUUGAAGAUGCUGCUUUAGUUCCAUACCAAGGAUACGCAGAGGCGAAACAUGUCGCCGAGCGGGUCUGCGCCGCAGCAUCGUCACGUUCGGGCCUCCAUGUCACCAUUUACAGGGUUGGGCAACUUGGAGGUCCCACCACAGAGAAAGGUGUAUGGAAUAAGGAGGAGUGGCUACCAUCACUCAUCGCAACGGCGAAAACGAUCGGACAGAUCCCGCGAACCCUUGGACAGGUGCCAAUCAAUUGGAUCCCAGUGGAUACACUCACGAAAAUUGUUCUUGAAAUCGCCGAUUCGCGCAAGGCGGACCAAUCCCAAACAGGUGCAGCAUUGUUUAAUCUUGUCAACCCUACAGUGAUACCCUGGGAAUCGCUCGUCCCGACAAUUCAAAAGCGAUUCCAAGUGGAUACAGUCGACGACAACACUUGGCUCGCAAGCCUUGACGCCAUUGAAGACCUAUCCGAAUCAGAUAUUGAGAAUAAGCCAGCAUUGAAGAUACUAGAUGUCUAUAGACGUCUGUUUGCUACAAAUACAUACCCCAAAUUUGGCAUUCGGACAGACAAGGGUCAGGAAGCUAGCAGUUCCAUGCGCCACCUCGGGCCUGUGAACGAACAUUUGAUGAAUCUCUGGUUGGAUCAAUGGGGACUUUGA